AUGAAUCCUUGCGCACCCACGUUCGUACCAACCUUGGAGGAUGGCUCUUCCAACGAGGAUGAUCCCCUACCUCCGUCAACGAAAACACGUCGUUCAACUCUGGGUGUCCAUGCGAAACCACGUCAGAGUUUAGAACUUCCUUCCAUCACUAUCGACCCGGACAAAUACGAUACCAUGUUCCCUGCCCUUCAGGGAGCGCAAGUUGACGGGCGAAGCGUUCGCAGUCCAAAACUAGUAAAGAAGCGACGAGGCAAGAGGCCGAGGACAUCCAAGCUGACAAGAGGCCAGGUUCGACAAUCAAGCCCAGAUGGUGAAGAGAAGACAACCACAGAGGACGAGAAGUCUGAGGAUCAGAAGGCCGACAGUGACACCACCAAGGUGGAUGUUGAGAGUCCCAACUCUUCUCCCGAAGUCGUGGAAUAUCUCAAGCCAACUGUCUACACCCCGAAGAAGUCACUGGAGUACCUCAAACCAACCGUCUAUACCCCUCCAACUUCAUCGAGAGAGAGCAAUGGAGUGCACUCUAGUGUGGUCAAGAGAUCCGGAAGAUCGACCAAUUCCAGGAGCAGCACCAGAUCUCCUAGACGUUCAUGGAGACCCCCUACUCCUCACCCAGAGGGUAAGCCACGAGGACCGAGAUCACGUCGUUCACCUACCCCUGUCGACAUUGCAACACGAUACGUGCCUUCCACACCUUUCCCGCCCCUUUCCUAUGCUCCCUGUUACCCAGACUAUCACGGUCAUGUCCAGCAGCAUAUCGACUACCCGCCAUUCAUGGUGCCGCCUUUUGCAGUGCCACCCAUGAUGCCGUUGGCGGCUUGGCAUAUGCCUCCAGCUCCGUGGCCAAUGCCCUUGCACCAGUCUCCGAUUGCCGGGUGUCCUCUCGAUUGUGAGUGCCAUUUCGAACGUGCAUUUGGACCUCUGCCCAAUGGAGAUGGUCGCGUAGUCUAUGGGCCGCCGCCUCCUCCGCAGGUCUACCUCCAUCCCCAACCGCAGCCCCAGCCCCAGCCACAAAUGCAGCAACAGAGCCAAACAGUAACAGAGUACGAUGCGCACUCACAGCCUACUUCUCGUUCGUCUACCGAGAAGGAUGAAUCAAAGCGUCCCUCUCAUAGUAUAUCGAUCAAAAGUCGUCAGGGGCAAAGUCCAAGUAUGUCGAGUUCCGUUCUGAUCGCCAAUGCUUCCACUGUUGCCACACCCUUGAAGACUCAGGUUGAGAGGAUCAAGCAGGAGAGCAGAGACCGCCAACUUCUCGGUGUUGUUUGCAAGGAUGACACCAAGCGGGAACAAAUCGGCAAGGAACUUCGAGAGGUUGCUGAACACACCAAGACCACCGGUUUCAUUCCAACACGACAGGUCAAAUCUGCUCAAGAUUCUCCCAGCGCCUUGAGAGCUGCGAAAAUCAACAUCAAAAGGGAGAGCCAGGCCAACACUCAGGAAAAGUCUCGAGACGCAGAUCAGAAACCGGGCAACCCGCCCCAGAACGCUCCCAAAGGCCCAUCUUCGACACGCACUUUCGCUCAAUCAUUCAGCGCAACCGUAAAGAAAGCUUUGAACCUGAAAAGUUCCGAGUCAGGUGCUUGGUCUCAAUCGAAAAGCUGGACCAGCUUCGCUACAAAGGAGCGUCAGGCAUUUCAGAAGAUGAUGGCCAAUCUGCGCUACAUGAGCGCCGACCAAUCCCCAUUUGUUCCUCAAAGCCCGGCAGAGCUGACGGCUUUCAAAGCCUCCCUGGCGGAAUCGAAGACGAAGAAGCUUGGACAAGAGGUACAGCAGCGUCUCGCAGAGACUAAUACCAAGGAUGUUGAAGGCGCUGGGGAUAAGAACGGAACCCCGAUGAAACUUUUGGGUGGUAAGAAAUUCGAGGACCAACUUUCACCUGUUUUUGCAGCCGUUAACUGCUUCAACAAAGCACGGAUGACGCCGCCUUAUGGAGCCGAGUGGCCAUCCCUCGCAGAACUGAAGGAAGAGGGAGACAAACGUGCCAAUCGAGAAGGUCGGUGCUUGCCUCUUCCUCGAAUGGGUCUUGUCGCUCACAGAUUCUUGCACUGGGACGAUGAAGCUUAUGACUUGGAUGGGUCGAUUCAGUGGGACAAGAAGGUUGUUCAAGUCAAACUCGGUUCUCUUUGCCCUGUUACCGGACAAGAGCCUUCUAUGUUUCCACCAACUGAGCUUCAAACUGAGGAGGCUCUGUUCUUACCUGCUGAUUUGCUUCAUGAUAUUGACGCAGUCGAUAUCGAGAAAGAAGAGAAUGAGAAGGAGGACAAGGACGGAAAGGACUUGAAGAAGGACAAGAAAGCUGAAAAGAGGGAAAUUUCAAAGUAG